UGAUGAUGCUAAGGUAGUUAGCGAAACGUUGGGCAAAGAAGUGGAGAAAAAAGUAUUUUUCUUGCACAUGGAGAAGUAGAUCGACCAGCCUACAACAAUACCAACAUAUAACAAAAACUCGAUCAAAAGCUUACAAAGAUAAUAUAAAAAUCGGAAGGCCUGCCGAGAUUCUCUCUUUUAUUUAUAUCAACAACACACGAAACAUGAAGAAUUUCUACAAGCAUAUGAAAUACAAACACGGGGAACAUACAUGCACAACCCUUAAACACUUCAGUAAAUUAAAGGCAAAACUAGCAAAACAAACAACGCAACUAGACUUUCUAUUAGAAUGUAGACGUUUCGAUCUGAUACCCUGUUACCUUUCGAAUGCAGUAAAACACAUAAAUAUAAACACAACGUCCCACAAAGUAAAAACACAAACAGAAAAAACAAAACUACUGUUUUUAAAGAAAAUCUUAAAUUUGGAAAUAACACAAACAAAUAUGAACAUAAAAACAACCAAAGAUUACAUUUUUCACGCACACCAGCAACUGAAGCAUAGCAUAAGUGAAUCAGAACUAAAAUCCUUUAUCUGCAAACAGAACUGCAUCAGCCAGAAAAUAACAGAAGAACGCGAAUCAAUACACAACUCCAAACUAAAAAAGCUAAAACAACAGCAACUACGAAAAUUGGGAAUCCACCUAAACAACGAUUGGUUCGUCAACAAAACGAAUAUAGAAUUCCCCGAUGAAAGUAAAUGGUUGCUUUCCCUGGGCAAAAAAUUUGCAUUACCCAUAACGCAGACUAGUCUCAAACCGGUCCAAAUCAUAGCAGAAAUGGAACAGUUAAUACAGCACAUAGAAGACAACAGAACCAAGGAAACAGCGAGAUGCAAAUUGAGUAACCGAAUAAUUCAAUUUAAAAGGAACAUUAAACACAACUCAGCGGAGAAGUUCAUAUUAGAGACUUUUAAUAGAACCAAAAUUUUUUUAAAACAACACAAAGAUGAAAUUAUUGUUACUGAUGCGGAUAAAGGAAACAAAACUGUGGUAUUAUAUAAAGCGGACUACACGGAAAAAAUGAGAAAACUACUGGAAGACAAAAACACUUACAAAACAAUAAGAAAUGACCCGACAACUACACUACAAAGAAAAAACAAUACCAUAAUAGAUGACUUGUACAAAAACAAAAUUAUUGACAGAAGCGAAAAACAACAGCUCACAUGCACAGCAGCAACUGCACCUAGACUCUAUGGGUUGCCAAAGAUUCACAAACCGGGCUUGCCUUUACGGCCAAUCUCCUCAUCUGUCAAUGUCCCGUGCUAUGGUUUAUCUAAGCAUGUAGGCAAAAUUCUUAGAAAGUUUACCUCAGAGGAAUACAACAUAAAAAAUGCGUUUCAAUUAAAAGAAAGGCUAGAAAACAUCCAAAUACAAGAAGAAGAUUUGUUGGUGUCAUUCGAUGUGAUCUCCUUAUUCACCAACAUACCGACACAUCUAGCUAUGAAAAUUAUCAUGAACAAGUGGGAUAAAAUUCAACAUUACACAAAAAUACCCAAAAAUAAAUUUCAAAAUAUCAUGAAUUUCUGUUUGAAGGAUAACAACUACUUCACCUGCAAUGGAGGUUUCUACGCUCAAACCUUUGGGAUGCCAAUGGGUAACCCUCUUUCACCCACUAUAGCUGACGUAGUAAUGGACGACCUAUUGGAUAACACUAUUUUGGACCUGAAGGAAAAUUUUAAUAUUGACAUCAAAUUCAUUGUUAAAUACGUAGACGAUAUUUUUGCUAUAGUAAAACAAAAGGACGCGGACAUUAUUCUCAGAACACUUAACAAAUAUCAUCCAAAGCUGCAAUUUACAAUGGAAUCAGAAGAAAACCUCUGUUUACCAUUCUUAGAUGUCAUGAUCCACCGAAAAAAUGAUUCUAUUGCACUUAACUGGUACGCAAAACCCACUUCCUCUGGGCGCCUAAUAAAUUAUCUGUCAUCGCAACCCUUUAAGUAUAAGAUUAACACAGCCAAAAAUUUAAUACACAAAAUAUUUACAAUAAGCCACCAACAAUUCAAGGAGACGAACAUAUGCAAAAUAAAGAAAAUUCUAGCAAGCAAUAACUACCCAAACCGUCUAAUACAAAGCCUAAUCGAACAUAAAGUAACAGAAAUAAACAAUAAUCAAAACAAAACGCCAACCACAAAAGCAACAGACGGAACAAAGCGAUAUCACAGUGUGACGUACAUUCCUAAGUUCUACCAACAACUUGACCACGAAAUAAACACCAACAACCCUAAUAUAAGAUUAGCAUACCGAACCAACUACACACUAUCUUCGAUAUUCACACAAACAAAAACACCGAUCAAGCCCCACCAACAAAACAACGUGGUGUAUGAAAUCACAUGUAAAGGCAGCGAAAACGAAAACUGCAACAAAGUUUACAUAGGGACAACUAAGCGAGCAUUAGGCGUUCGCCUUUCCGAGCACGAAGCCGACAUAAACAAAAAGAAGAACAGCACAGCAUUAGCACAACACGUACUUACCAGUGGCCAUACGGCUGAUCUAGCUAACGUUAAAAUAUUGGACAAGGAGAAGAGGGAACGGGCAAGAUACACAAUAGAGAGUUUACGUAUACUACAGAAAAGGGAAAAAACAAUCAACAAGAAGGAGGACACGGACGAUAUCGCGGCUGCUUACAUGUUAUGUUUGUAGCGAAUAGUUUAGUUUAGUUUGACGAAAUUACCACGGAUGGAUGGUAGCAAUACUUUAUGUUUUUCAAUGUAUUUAACGUUUUUUUGUGUUUUUUAUAUGUUUUAUAUGUUUUUCAAUGUUUUUACAUGUAUGUGCAUUGAUGUGAAACCAACUUAACCUAAGUUUACAUAAUCGCCCCUGAUGAUGCUAAGGUAGUUAGCUAAACGUUGGGCAAAGAAUUGGAGAAAAAAGUAUUUUUCUUGCACAUGGAGAAGUAGAUCGAUCAGCCUACAACAAUACCAACAAAACAAUGAAUAGUUGUCAUUUGACGCAAUAGCAUAAGCAGAAUUGAGAGUUGAGCUAAUUUGUGCGGCACCGUCACCGUCAACUGGUUCAUGUAACUUACAUCAUACAAAUACACCGAAUCAGCUUUUUUGACGGUGACGGCGACGCAAUGCACUUAUAUACUUUCGCUUUAAGUAUUGCGGUUUUGGUCGUGCAUAAUCAGUCUAUGUAUCGUAUCCCAUAUAUUUUGUGCGUUGUUGACAAAUCUUUUGAAUGUCCAAUAUUUUCACGAUUAUACCGCUGGAUCAACGUUAGAGCUGAUUGAAACUCAUUCGUUUCUAACCUCUGGAGCAUUUUGGUGCAAAACAUUGUGGUUCACAGUUACGUAGUAGAGAAAGGAUGGCCUACAGACCGUUUACCCUAAAGUUGACAAGGCAUUGCGAAUGUUUGUUUGCAUUCCCAUUUCAAAUUGCAUCAUUUUCCAUUUUUAAACGCGUCAAGAACUAUUAUCGAUCUUUAUUGGGAGACGAAAAAUUUAAUGCUCUUGCAAUGUUAACAAUAGAAUCAGAAUUGUUUCUGUUCAUGGAUUGUGAAUAAAUCAUCCGCGAAUGCGCGGCUGAAAAAUCCAGACGCAAAGCACUGUGAAUGGAAUGUGUUCAUUAUGAAUUUUUCAGGAGUACCUAAGUUGUGAUAAUUUUCAUUAUUAUAUGUAAUUCUUCCUGUAAUUCAUGAAAUAUAAAUUGAACUAUAAUUCAAAUACCACGAAAUACAAUUAUCAAACUGGGAUAAAUGUACCUCAUUUAGAACGAGUACGAGUUAUGGAACGAUAUUUUACAUUUCUGUAGAAAGAAAAGAAUUGAGCCGAUUUCUGUUUGAAAUAUGACUAUACAUUAGCACUUUUUAAUAAUAUAAUAAUAUUUAAAAAUACUAAUUUAGUAUU